AUGGGCUCACCGCCAGCAUCACAGUUGCCCGACCACGCCCUACGCGACGCAUCCGCUGUCCAAGCCAGUUCUAAGCGUCGACGAAAGUUUUUCUUGGACUGUAUCUCCUCCCUCUGGAAUUUGGUAAUCGAAUCAGCCAGCUCUGACUCGGAUGCAUCAUCCUCGGCGGAACUGAGAAAUAUCCUGGUUGGCCACGUCUCUCCGCUGCUACAGUGUAUCCCAGCAACUGGCAAGCGACUCCUUCUGCCCAGCUGGAUUCCUAAAGAUAAGUUGCGCGCAGAUGCCGCCGCCGACGCCGAUAGUGAGAACACUCCCCCAGCGAGCAUUACCCCCAGGUCUUGUGGGAGACCGCCGAAGAAGUUGCGGUCGCCUGAAGAGCAGGCGGCGGGCGGGGCUGAUAGUGAUGGUGAAGAUCUACCACUCACUGAAUUU